CUGGCAUCACCAAUCGAGUUAACCGCAUCUGGAGAGGAUGACGGCCGACGGCGUGCGCUGCGCCUUUGACCAUCGACGCCGAACUCGAAUCGAGCAAGGAUGGCGGCGGCCGACGAGCGGGCCUACACCUCUUCGUCUUCUCCGGCGCCGAAAAUUACAUCUUACUCUCCAACCAUCACCGCCUCCUUGCUGGCGAGUACUUCGAUGGGUCAACCUCCACCAAAUCUUGUCCCUCUAGCUCCCGCACUGCCUCCAACUCUUCUUCCCCCAUCCUCGCCAAAGAGAUCCAGUUCAUGAUCCUCUGCCUCUUCAACUUGAAUUUAUGGUUGAAAGAUCCAAAUGAGCAACGAGCCUGCUAAGAUCGGGCAAUGGAGGUCAGAUUCAAAAUUCGAUCGAUUAGGUUACCACCAUCGUCGCCGUCGCAAUCCCUUGGUCUCCUUGACACUGUUGGUGCUGCUGUGUCGGGAAGCCAAUUUCUCCGAUUUGGGUUUCUUUGCUUGCUUUCGAGGUCCGAUUCGGAGUAUCAGCGGGUGUCGGGAAGCCAGUUUCUCCGAUUUGGGUUUCUUGCUUGCUUUCGAUUCCGAGCUUAUAAGUAUCGUCGGUCGACCAAGAACAUCCCAAAAGUGGAGCAGCAAGGAACCCCCAUAUCGGCGACCUCGCUUCUUGCGAACCCAGAUCCGCCGGCACCUCCGUCCAACAACACCUUGAUUUACUAGCGAAUCUCCGUAGAACAACCUAGAAACCAAAAAAUAAAAAUAAAAUCAACCCUCAUACGACCUGGAUUCGUCAAGCUUUGUGGUGUUGUAGUGGUAUUAGCCCUAAAUUAUUUUAUAAAUGAACAUUUAUGUUGAUU